CGGAUCAGAUUGUGGUGAUAAACGUUGCCUCUCACAGUCUCCUGAGCCGACAGCAUGGAGAGGUGCAAGAUGUCUGUCCUCUCUUGGACAAACUGGGACCAUGUAGUGAUACAUGGGUGCACCAUGGUCCUGGCUGCCAUCAGUCAGGUGGUCGCUGACAUCUUCUUCAGUCUGGCGAGGGACGGCAACGUGCCCAACGCUCUGUUUGAGACCUCGUCCAGGAAUGUGUCUGAGACCUUCCCCCUGGAGGUGACCAUGGACAGGUGGUCCGACAUCUACUGGAUCAUGAUUGACUUCUGGUCGAUUGCGUGGCUCGUGUACUCUGUGGUCAGCCUGUUCAAAAGAAACGUCCUCGGUCCUCAGUCUUGCAAUCCUGAAAUCCACCCUCCAGAGUUUUACCUGUUGUGGACCAUCAUAAAUACUGUGAGAAUGUGCAGCAUGUGUCUGUGGGACAGCCACGAUUUCUUUGGAGUUGUUUUCCUCAGAUGGAUCAUCCCCGUCCUCAGCUUCUACAUGCUCUACAUGUCCUACUCCAACCUCGACACGCACAAGUCCUGGCUCGCCAUCAACAACCCCAGUGUGAUCCUGUGGACACGCUACCUGACCCAGAACGGGCUGGCAGUGUUUGCCUGGUGGUCUCUCGUGGAUGCUGUGGUGGGUCUGGGCAUAGUGUUCAAGUAUAACGUCCACUUGCCGGACCCUAUGGUCAGCACCGCCGUCCUCACCGUGAUCUCUGUGUGCACUAUAACCUGGUUCCUACUGGAGAGCUUCGUGUUGACCAAAUACUUGCGGCACACGUUCAGCGUUUACCCGCUCCUCAUCCUGAGCCUGGGUGCAAUGUUCACCAGGAGCUACCGGAUCCACGACCUCUCUGCCAACACGAUCUACUGCGGGUUUCUCAUGCUCCUGAUGACCAUCUUGAGUCUCAUCCAUUUGAUCUCCUCGUGUUUGUACGAGGACAAGUCGAGGAAACCUCCUGCGUCAGAGACCUGGGAGAAAUCUGAGGCCUGUGUGACGGUGUGCAAACCAGUGGGCCCCACCAUGAAGCACAAAGUCUGA